AACUCGAGCCGUUAGCACCCAGCAGCCUUAACAAUUUUUAGAUCAAAAUUCGUUUGAAAAAGUCUUCAUUUAUUUCGGCUUAAAUUAAAUUCCUUCUCGUGAUUAUGUCGAGCUAUAGGAGGUUAUACCGCGCAGAGCGUCUGAUGAACCUGCUCAAGGCAAACCGCGGAAUGACCAGCACAGGCAGGCAACCGAUCUUCGAUGUGGAGACCAGAAAGGACUUUGAGCAGCGAGUGAUUAAUAGUGACCGACCGGUGGUUGUGGAUUUCCAUGCCAGCUGGUGCUGUCCUUGCAAGGCUCUGGCCCCUCGACUGGAGAACAUCGUGUCCGAGCAGGGCGGUCGGGUGAGGCUUGCCCGCGUCGAUAUUGAUGAGCACGGCGAACUGGCCAUGGACUACAACGUGGGAUCCGUUCCAUCCCUGGUGGUUAUCAGCAAUGGCAAGGUGGUUAAUCGUAUGGUUGGCCUUCAGACCAGCGAAUAUAUCCGCAAGUGGCUUCAUAAAGUGGUGCCCAAUACGUCAUCUGCCAAAACGGAGAACUAGAUCAGCAUGUCAAUGGGGAGUGCAAAACACGUUCUUUGUAGGCUCGCUUUAAGUUCGAUUAAACCAUGUUCACGGCAA